GUGUGACAAAUAAUCUAUUCCUUAAAGGUAAUGCAUCCAUAGUUUCAAUUUUAUUUCCACUGCGUAGUCAUAAGUAACGUGACAAACCCGUGCUUUUUAAAACCAGGAAGUUAUAUAAAACAUCAAACAAAUAUGUGUAUUAAGAAUCUAUCAUCUAAAUAGUUUUAUGUGUAGACUUAGUUCAAGGUUGCUAGAUGCUGUGUGCAGUCGUUUCUUCGCUUGCAAAAUAAUUUAUCAGAUUUUGUGAUUCUAAUCUUAGCUAAAAAUGGAUGACAAUAGUGAAAUAUUAAACAAAAUAUUGGACAAAGUAGCUAAGGAACAGGAAUAUGAAGACGGCGAAAUAUCUGUGAAGUCCAUAUCGAGUGGUGGGGCCAACUACACCAGCUAUCUGCACCUCGCCACGGUCUCAGCACCAGGGAAAGAUGAUCUGAAACUCUUCGUGAAAGUGGCAGCCAUGGGCGAGAAGAUGAGAGCAUUUGCACCCUUAAGAAUUUUCGAAACUGAAAGUUUCUUUUACAACAAUUUGCUUAAAAUCUAUCAGGAAUUAGAGGAACGACACAUGGUCCCUGUUGAACACAGACUUGUCACGCCAAAGUUUUAUGCAAGCAACGAUGAAUGUUACAAAGAAGCACUAGUUUUAGAAGACAUGACAUCGAAAGGCUUUCAAGCCUUUGACAGAUUUAAGUCAAUAGACUGGAAGUAUGCGUUCAAAAGCGUUCAGAACUUAGGUAAGCUGCACGCAUUGUCUAUCGCAUGGUCUGUAGAUGACCCAGAAGAGUUCCAAAAGACUGCAGGACUUAAGUCUGAUAGCAAUAUUGAAACAAUCUUAGAUUUUUUAAAGAACGUUACGACCAGCGCUCUGGAAGUGACAAAGCCAGAGAACAAAGAGAGAAUGUCGAAUUUUUUAAAGGAAAUGACUGUACUGAAUGUCUUUACUAAUUUUUAUAAGCCUAUACGAUGUCCAGUACUAGCACAUGGGGACUACAGGCCAAGUAACUUAUUACAUAGGGUUCACGAUGACGGCGAAGUCGACGUCAUCUCCGUGGAUUACCAGACCUUGCAGAUGAGCAGCCCCAUCAUAGAUUUGAUGUACUUCAUUUUCACCGGCUCCGACAAGAACUUCAGGAAACAUCACAUGAAAGACACCAUAGAACAUUAUUAUACGGAACUGCGUGCCGCUCUCGAGAGACUCAAUUUAAAUCCUGAUGAAGUCUACCCGAGGGACGACUUCGAUUAUGAAUUACAAAAGGUGAUGCCCUUCGGUCUUCUGAUCAGCAUGUUCUGUCUUCUCAUCAUAACGGUUCAAGAAGAGGAUGCUCCUAAGGUCAACAAGGACAUUGAGAUAAACGACUUCGUCGUCAGCCCGAACGAUCUCUACAAAGAGAGGCUUAAUGACAUUAUUGAUGAUUAUAUUGACAUGGGAUUGCUUUAAAAUAUUCUUAGUUCAUAAGUUUUAAGUUCUGUCGAGGCUCAAUUUAGUCCACUAACUAAAAAAUACACUGGAUUUAAAUAAGUAUAAAAGUCCAGUCAGAUUUCAUAUUUGACUAAAUAUUAAACGCCCAUUGGUAGAAGCUGAGACAUCAGCUACCAUCAACAAAUCAAAGUAAAUUUUUCUUUAAACAGCGUUUCAGAAUGUGCGGUUAGACUGUUAGAUACAAUCAUAGUUCUCAUUGUACUAGUAAUCUUCCACACUAUGGAUUUUGGUGAACUAAGUUUAGCCAUGCGUGAAACUUUAUUUUCAAAACAAAGUAUAAUAAAAGAUCACAAUUUCCUUAUCAUGUCCAAAUUAAUCCCAAUUACCAAACAUAUAAAAGGUGUUUUUUAAUCAUAGGUUUAACCAAAUUUUUUUUGAAAAGUCACCUGUGGACCCCUUGGAGUAUUAUAUGAUAGUUCUUUUGUUAUGCUCUGUUUCAAAGUAUUUUCUUUUAUAAACGUGAUUUAUUGACGUAAUUGCAAAAUUUAUACUCACAAAAAAUUUUGCAUUCAAAUUUAUUAUAUUUUAUUUGCGUUCUGUUUUUAAAAAUAAUUUUGGAUAUUUUUUGGACAUAUUAAUUGUUCAUUAAUUUUUUACAAUUUUAUGAUAUAAUGAUAAUGAUGAU